CGGGCAAUUCGAAAUAUCGCGAGACUUCCCUCCCCACUCUGUUCGUGACCACGUCAAGGGAAACCAGAAGUUAGAAAUCAUGGCGGAGCGCAGGAGACACAAGAAGCGAAUUCAGGAGGUCAGUGAACCUACCAAGGACGAGAAGGCAGUGGCCAAGUACCUGCGCUUUAACUGCCCCACCAAAUCCACCAACAUGAUGGGACAUCGAGUGGAUUACUUUGUCGCUUCUAAAGCAGUCGAAUGUCUGCUGGAUUCAAAGUGGGCCAAAGCAAAGAAGGGCGAGGACGCUUUGUUCACAACCAGAGAGUCGGUGGUGGACUACUGCAACAGGCUCCUAAAGAAGCAGUUUUUCCACCGAGCCCUUAAAGUGAUGAAGAAGAAGCCUGAGAAAGAUGCAAAGAAAGAGAAAGAAAAAGAGAAAGAGAAAGAAAAAGAUAAGGCUAAAAGUGACAGUGGCAAAGAAGAGGAGAAAAAAAGCAAAAAGGACAAAGAUAAAAAGAAGGACUCUGAGGCUGUAGACACAAAGAAGGAAAAAAAUGAUGACAGUCCAGGAUCUCCAAAGAAGAAGAAGGACGUGAAAAAGAAAUUCAAGCUGGAACCUCACGAGGACCAACUGUUCUUGGAUGGCAAUGAGGUUUAUUUUUGGAUUUACGAUCCAGUCCAUUUCAAAACCUUUGCCAUGGGCUUGAUUCUAGUGAUUGCCGUCAUCGCAGCCACUCUGUUCCCGCUGUGGCCCGCUGAGAUGAGAGUUGGUGUGUAUUACCUGAGCGUGGCAGCGGGAUGCUUCGUCGCAGGCAUACUUCUCCUGGCCGUUGCUCGCUGCAUCCUGUUCAUGAUCAUCUGGUUAGUGACCGGUGGCCGUCAUCACUUCUGGUUCCUACCGAACUUGACAGCCGACGUGGGCUUUAUCGACUCCUUCCGUCCCCUCUACACGCACGAAUACAAGGGUCCGCGCUCCAGCGCCAAGAAAUCCAGCAGCGAGAAAUCCGACGACAAGGGUGCAGAUUCAAGCAAAGCGCAGAAAUCAGAUAGCGAGGACAAAUCGGACAGCGAGAAGAAAGACGGCGAUGAGGAAGAGGAUGAAGACGACAAUAAAGAAAUUGAGGCGAGCGAGGAAGCAGGUGCAGAACGUCAGUCGGACACGGACAGUGACAGACGAGAGGAUGAAGGGUCGCAGCACAGCAACGGCAACGACUUUGAAAUGAUCACCAGAGAAGAGCUGGAGCAGCAUACGGAGGAGGAGGAAGAAGAAGAAGAAGAUGAUGAGGAAGAGCCAAGUGAGACAAAGCCCUUGACUGUUCAGACAUAAACGUUUUCCUCACGCCGCACACAUACUCCCAUGCUCCAUGUGGACCUGCUGACGUACUUCUGUCAUGUUCAGAAGAUGUUUCCCAUUUCUGUUCAGGCUGAGAUCUUCCUCUGAAAACAGACAGGCUUAAAGGUUAAACGAGAGCAGGAAACGGCUACGAUGACAAUGAAAAUAUUUGCAAAGGCUGUUGGGUUUCCCUAAUAAUGCUUCCCCCACUAUGGAUGCAACAAGUCUCCCUGACCCCAUGUUUCUCUGGUUUACUUCAUUUUUCUUUUUCGUUCAUGUUAACUAUCUAAUGUAAAGGAUUUUGUUGUAUAAACAUGUCGGUAAUGUUAAGAAGGACUGGACUGGUGAACUUUCUCAAUGGUUUUUAACCCACAGGUUCGCUUUCCAAUCUAGUGAGAAAAAAUUCAAAUCUGAAAGUUUUUUUCAUUUCGUUUCUUUUGUACCAUUAGAUACAUUGGAUAAUUUGGACGGACCAAGAUAUUUUGUCUUAGAUACCUAAUAAGUGUUACUAUCUAUCAUAAAUCUCAAUGGCACUUGACCUGUGACAUUUCUGUGUGGAACUCUGGGAGAUCUUGCUUGCUUUGAGACGAGAGCUGUGUUUUUGUGCGCUUGUGACACGAUCUGCCUCACGUUUUGUCACCCUGAUGAGAAAUAGACCUUGUUAACGCAAACAGAGAAGUUAAUAAAUCAGAACGGUAUCUUUGAUUGAGGUAGGCAGUUAUUUAAAACCAAACUCCAUUUGAGUCUCAUGAGGUCGACUGCAUUCAGAAGGGGAAACUACAUCCACAUUUGUGCCAAAUGAUGCGGGAUGUUGAUGCUUUUUUCAUAUGCAUUCAGUUUAUGACCAACUUCCAGUUAAAUAGAUUUCAAACAUGUCAUGCAGUAACUCACAUCCAUGCAUCAUAGUCUCUGGUUCUGGUUAUCCCAUCUGUUGUUCAAACUCUGAGGUUGACAAAUCGUACUUCCCCGAGGGGCUGUGGUCCAAAAUAGCCUGUUAGUAGUUAGUUUGUGUUUUAAUAGAGCCGAGGUCCAAUACUAUCCUUCCGUGGGGUUGCAUACUUUUGGCUAGAGUAUUAUUUUACAUUAGCUGUUUCUUUGACUCAUACUGAGGAUACUAUUUAAGAGAUGAAAUACAAAUGUAUCAUUUAUAUAUGGAUUCUAUAAAUCUACCAGAGAUGUUCAUGCCAGCAGUUAAAGUUCAGCAUGAACUGUACUCAAUUUUAUAAUGUCAGACAUGCAGGUUUUUCGUUUGACUGCAUUUUGUACAAAUACUAAAGCCACCAAUAAAUGUUUUCAGUGCUGAUGAUGUUGGAAAGAUUGUUUCUGGACAAUUUAUUGGAGUUAGAAUGCAGAAAACAUCUGAAUUCUGUUCAUCUGCAGUGCUUUGAUUUCUAGUGGGUAUCAAACGCACACAAGAGGCUGCAAAGGUGUUUUUCUCUAUUAAAAAACUGAUAAACCUUGUUAAAGCAUCGCUCACAAUUCAUGGUCAUCUCAAGGAGCAGGGAAACCCCUCGUGCCCAAGUGAACGUCUCACUUUCUUCUUAAAAUGCUAUGAAUCUUUAACCAUGUCUGUAAGUAGAUGAUCUUGCUGGUCACACUUAGUGUUCUUGUAGAAAUGCUAUGUAUGUCUUCAAUAUUCUUUGUCUUUGAAGACCUGGAUAGGCUGGACAUGACACCAUGUGUGUAGACAUUUGUAUUUUCUUUCUAUUGAACUUCACUCACCUUUGUUUUCUGUCCCAUUGUCUUUAUGAGAGAUAAAGAUGCUGAUAUGCCAGAUGAUUUUUUUUUUUUUUGGCAGGAAAUUUUAUUUGCCUUUGGCUGUCUGUCAUAAAAUGUAGUGA